AACACAAUGUUACUGACUUUACCAUGAAAUAUACGGACGUGGAGUUAACACUCACAGUUACUUUACGGAUAAUGGCGUUAAUAACACAGCAGUGAAACAUGGUAUGUUCAAACUAAGCGAGUCUUGGACGUGUUUUCUGUGAUACUGGAAAAGGAGUUGUGAAUUUUUCUUCAAAAUAAUGGUGUGAAAUGUUCCUACCUAUGUGAGUACAGCCAAAGCUAGUUCAUCGAUCGCCCUGAGGGAGCAACAUUUGAUUAGCUGGAGACGUGAUUUGUCUGUUGUGUCUGGAACCUGUCCACCAAAACGCCUGGAGACAUGGCACCUGUACCCGUCCUACCGCUGGUGAUCAGCUGCUUCAUGUCUGCACUUGGCUGCAUGGCCACACUAAAGCUCAUCCCCACUUUCAAAAGCCAUUUCAUCGCAGCCAGACUGUACGGGAUGGACUUAAAUAAAACAACCAAGAGAGAAGUGUGAGUCGUUUCUAUCAUCUAUCUUGAGAUUCAGUCUGGUUUUAUAAUGUUUUUCAUUAUUUGUUGGUUGUAAAACAUGUUGUAGAGAGACAAAAGAGUCCAUUUCCUGCCUUCAUCCCUGUUUCUCUUUCUGUUUCCAUCUCUUUGCAGCCCAGAGUCCCAGGGAGUGAUCAGCGGGACGGUCUUCCUCAUCAUCCUCUUCUGCUUCAUCCCAGUGCCUUUUCUCAGCUGCUUUGUAGGAGAUCAGUGCACUGGAUUCCCGCACGAUGAGGUUUGCUCACUUAUGUUUAGUAGACCAUGUGCGCUUAUUUUGAACCUGAAAUGUAGUGUUACCAGCUUUGGUUUUACUUUCAGUUUGUGCAGCUGAUCGGAGCACUCCUUGCCAUCUGUUGCAUGAUCUUCCUGGGCUUUGCUGACGAUGUCCUGAACCUGCAGUGGAGACACAAGCUCCUGCUUCCCACCAUGGCUUCCCUGCCAUUGCUCAUGGUCUAUUUUACCAACUUUGGCAAUACAGUCAUUGUGGUUCCCAAGCCUUUCAGAGCCCUGCUUGGGCUGCACUUGGACCUGGGUGAGUUCAUGCUUACUAACUUACUGCUAAAAGAUACUUAAAAAUUUUGCAAAUAUAUUCCACAAAAGAUGAGCUGUCAUAUGUUGCUUUGUCAAACUCUAGCUUCUCUGUCCACUCUACCAAUAGAAGUUUAAAAAAACAUUUUAUAAGUUGUUUUAUUAAGUUAUUCAGAGUUACAUAGUUUCUGAUCUUUCACAGGAAUUCUCUACUAUGUCUACAUGGGAAUGCUUGCUGUAUUCUGCACAAACGCCAUCAACAUCCUAGCAGGCAUCAACGGCAUAGAGUCAGGUCAAGCCCUGUUCAUCUCCGGCUCAAUCAUAAUCUUCAACCUGCUGGAGCUCAGUGGUUUGUGUUGACUUUCUUAGACUUCUUCAUAUUACAGGUCACACCCAUUUCUCUGUAGUUCAUGAUUAGAUAUGCACAUGUUUAAUGAGUUUGUGAAACUGAAAAUUGUUCCGAUCUGACGUUUGAUUAUCUCGUCUUUUUUUACCAGGAGAUUACCGUGACGACCAUGUCUUCUCCCUCUACUUCAUGAUACCAUUCUUCUUCACCACAUUAGCACUUUUUUACCACAACUGGUAAGUCAAUGUAAUAACCAGAGGUAGGUUUGAAGGAAGAAUUAAGAUGCUGUGGGUGUUAACCUUUAACCUCCGUCAUCACAGGUAUCCUUCAUCUGUGUUUGUGGGAGACACUUUCUGCUACUUUGCCGGGAUGACAUUUGCAGUUGUCGGCAUCCUCGGGCACUUCAGCAAAACAAUGUUACUGUUCUUCAUUCCUCAAGUAAUCAAUUUUAUCUACUCAUUGCCUCAACUUUUCCACAUCAUCCCCUGUCCAAGACAUCGGCUCCCCAGGUAAGACGCUGUGGAGAUAAAACUUGUCGUAUCCUUUCUAACAAUCAUUCAAACUAAUUACAUACUGAGUGACUGCAUUUCUUCCUUUUGUCUUUCUCCCACUGUCACUGCUGAUGAAAGGCUGAACACAGAGACAGGGAAACUGUGGAUGAGCUACUCCAAAUUCAAAAGGAAGGACCUCUCAAAGCUAGGACACCUCAUUCUGAAGGUGAAGCCUUCUCUGAUCCCUUUACCAUUUGGCUUUUGUUAAAAAUCAGUGGUAAAAAAUCUAUAUUUAACCUGGCAAAACUCACUGAGAUUAAAAAAGAAUCUGUCUAAGACAGACCAAACCCCAGUUAACAAGGUAUUUUGCCUACAAAAAGCAGGUAUACACACAAACAUAAUACAAGAGGUGAUUAAAUUACAGUAAAAACACAGAAGAGAAAGUAAAAUAUUUCAACCAGGAUUAUAGAUAUACCAAACCAAAUACCUGCAGCCAGAUAUUCUCUGCCUUUAAAUAAUUAAAGCACCCUUAAAGCAUCCAGGGAGUCUUUUUGUGAUUUUUAAAAAAAAUAAACUAAGCAGAAAAAUUAAGUGCUUUUUUUCAUAAAUUUGGGUUUUACAUAGUGUCCAAAGCAUGAAUGCUCUGAGGAAAAAGGUGUGUAUGAUUCGUAGGCGCAAUCACCAUAGUCCAACACGGACAUAAAGGUGGCAGCAACCAGUUUCUUUUUUUGUUUGUUUUUUUGGACCUGAAAAAAGCCAGAUAUUGAUUCUAAAAUAAAAACUCAGUUUGACGUUUAGUCUCUCACCAGCUGCUUAAUAUAAGGAGUAUAAGAGAAAGCAAUUAAUUGAAAUAUCAAGAUUGUACUCUAAAACUGUUUGUCAAAUUUUCACAAAGCCUCAGAGAUGUCUGUAUUUUUUAAUGCCUAACAGCAGUUAUAAAUGUAAAAAUAUAUAAUUUUUUAUGUUAAACAGAGAAUAGUCACAAAUCCUCACAUCACAGAGGCUUAAAAGAGGAUAAUGUUUUAAAACAAAAAAAUAUAAUGAUGCAACAAAGAAGUUGGCAAAGUGGGGGAAAACAAAAAAACAGUGACUUUGUAAACUGAUAAUUGAAUUAACUAAUAAUGUUGCUGUAUUUCCCUGGCAUUGAAUCAUGAAAGAAUAAUGACACUUCUUUGUUUUAGCAUCAGGUUUCUUUCGCAUAUUCUCAUAUAUAAAAAAACAAUUUGUAUGUCCCAGUACCCACAGUCUAGUAUAUUAUUAACUCAACACAGACCAGUCCUACACCUGAUUUAACUCCCAUCGAGAUCAUCACAAUCAUUUCAUAGUUAUUCAACUCCACUUUGUCAAAAUUUUAAAAGCCAACACAACAAAGAGAUACAGGGGCAGCCUACCUGGAAAAAGAGAGACAAGGGUGAGGGUCAGUGCAGGUGUGUAAACACACAUACAAAAUCACGUCUCUGGAUGUGUUUUUUAGUUGACAGUAAAAUUGCUUUUCUUCCUCAACAGGUGGCAGAGUUAUUGAAGCUGCUAGAGGUGCGAAGCUCUCAGGAGGGGGAUGAUGAUUUUAUUGAAUGCAACAACAUGACUUUAAUAAAUCUGGUUCUGAAAAUUCUGGGUCCCACUCAUGAGAGAAACCUCACAGUCAUCAUGCUCAUCAUUCAGGUAUGACAAAGUACCCGCUGCUCUGUCCAAACACAGUGUGAGACAAUGAGUGUUAAUGAUAUUGGUUUUUGACUGAUUUCUCAUUUUUGUGUUUAUCUCAGGUGCUGGGAAGUGUAAUGGCUUUUGGGAUUCGUUAUCAUUUGGUGCGUCUCUUCUAUGAUGUCUAGCCGUCUCUCCGGGGAAGAGGAGAGAAUCCUGACUGAGAAAAUAUGAAUUUUGUUAUGAAAAUUCUUAACAGGCUCAUGUUUCAUCUGCCUUUAGUAGAUUUCAUUACCUCACUGUUACUUCUCUGCCUCAGACUGGACCUGCAGUAAAGACUCAGAGUGAGGUCUAAAGCUAUAUUUCACUUUGUACAACAUUUUCACAAAAUUGGCAGAAGUGUGAACUAUUCUCCUGGAUUUAAUGACUGUAAAUCCCAAAGAGAAUCAUGCCUGGCCUUUCGUAUGUGUCUUCUGAAGGUAUAUCCUCUUUUAAAGGAAGUUGAGAAGAUAAACUCAAUGGCUAACUGCCCUUAAAUUCCUAUUAUUUAAUGACAGGUUCAUGGAUGUGGGAAAGCACUGUAAAAAUACAAUUUAAUGUAAUUAUCCACUGCUUGACUCUGCUGUUAAAUCCAAAAUGGCUUAAAGAAAAUGGUCCCACUCUCCUUUCAUUUUGCAGAUAUAUCAGUGUAUGCAGUGUGGGUGGGAACAUUUCAUCUCUGUUGUUCUUUUUUUAAUAUGCUUUCUUUUAUACCUCUGAACAAAUGCACAAAAACGGUGAUUGUGAAGACUAGCAGUAAAGGUUGGAAGGUUUUAAUCAGUCUGGAGAUCAUUACAGGAAUUAGUUGGGGUAAAAAGCAGGAGUUAGUGCAAAAGUGAAGUGAGAUUAUUUGAUCCAUGAUGGUCUCAAAUGUUACUCAAGGUCUGAAGGAGGUGAAGUCAGUCCUGUCCAUUAAAUAUGAGUAUUGACUAUUAAUGCCAUUCUUGGUAUUUCUGGAUACAUACUUGUAUUUUGUGACUGAUAGACAUUUCUCUUCAAGUUUUGAGCAGAAAUCAAUGUGAAUUUCACUGGCACUGGACUACUUUGUUGAGGAAUGUAAAGACAAGUGAGAGACGUACCUGCUGAAAUGAGAGACUCAAAGUGAGAAAUAAAAGAUGAGAAAUUGUAAUUUAAAGUUGUG